CUACAGAUCCGAGGAUGAGGGUCAUGGCGCCCGGAACCUUCCUCCUCCUGCUCUCGGGGGCCCUGACUCUGACCGAGACCUGGGCGGGCUCCCACUCCCUGAAGUAUUUCUACACCGGCGUGUCCCGGCCCGGCCGCGGGGAGCCCCGCUUCAUCGCCGUCGGCUACGUGGACGACACGCAGUUCGUGCGCUUCGACAGCGACGCCGCGAGUCCGAGGAUGGAGCCGCGGGCGCCGUGGGUGGAGCAGGAGGGGCCGGAGUAUUGGGAGCGGAACACGCAGAUUUACAAGGUCACCGAACAGAAUUUCCGAGUGGGCCUGAACAAUCUGCGCGGCUACUACAACCAGAGCGAGGCCGGGUCUCAUACCUUGCAGUGGCUUUGUGGAUGUGACAUGGGGCCGGACGGGCGCCUCCUCCGCGGGUACAGUCAGUUCGCCUACGACGGCACCGAUUACCUCGCCCUGAACGAGGACCUUCGCUCCUGGACCGCGGCGGACACGGCGGCUCAGAUCACCCGGCGCAAGUGGGAGGAGGCCAGUGAGGCUCAGCAUAACAGGGCCUACCUGGAUGGGGACUGCGUGGAGUGGCUUCGCAGAUACCUGGAGGACGGGAUGGAGACGCUGCAGCGCGCAGACCCUCCAAAGACACAUGUGACCCACCACCCCAUCUCUGACCAUGAGGUCACCCUGAGGUGCUGGGCCCGGGACUUCUACCCUGCGGAGAUCACCCUGACCUGGCAGUGUGACGGGGAGGACCUGACCCAGGACACCGAGUUUGUGGAGACCAGGCCUGCAGGGGACAGGACCUUCCAGAAGUGGGCAGCUGUGGUGGUGCCUUCUGGAGAGGAGCAGAGAUACACAUGCCAUGUGCAGCAUGAGGGGCUGCCUGAGCCCAUCACCCUGAGAUGGGAGCCGCCUCCUGAGUCCACCAUCCCCAUUGUGGUCAUCAUUGCUGGCCUGGUUCUCUUUGUGGUCACUGGAGCUGUGGUGGCUGGAGCUGUGAUCUGGAGGAAGAAGCACUCAGGUGAAAAAGGAGGAAGCUACAUUCAGGCUGCAAGCAGUGACAGUGACCAGGGCUCUGAUGUGUCUCUCACUGAUCCCAAAGGUGAGACUCUGGAGGCCCUGAAGUGGGAGGGGUUGUGGCAGAGGGGACAGACUGGGUUAUGGGGAUUCUUUGGUUGGGACAUUUUGAGCAUGUGGUGGGCCAUUUAGAAUGUCACCAAUUACAGUGAGGGACUUAAAUUUGUUCAUAAUUAUUUUCUUCUAUAGUGUGAGACAGCUGCCUUGUGGGGGACUGAGUGAUGCAGGAUUUGUUCCCAUUGCACCCUCCGUUGUGACUUCAGGAAUCUCUGACUUCUCUUUCUGCAAAGGGCAUCUGAAUGUGUCUGCAUUCCUAAUGGCAUAAUGUGAGGAGGUGGGGAGACUGGUCUCCCCCACAAGCCCCUCCCCUCACUGACCUGUAUUCUUCCCUGAUCCACUUUCUUGUGCCAGCAGAGGUGGGGCUGGGCUGUCUCCAUUCCUGUCUUUACUUCAUGUUGCACUGAGUUGCAACUUCUUCCUUAUUGAAAAUAAACAUCUGUAUA